AUGGCCGCUGUGGUGGUCAUCCUCAUGGGGUGUGCGUACCUCAGGCAGGAGGCAGCUAGAGCCACAGGUCUCUCUGAGCCAGGCCCUGAGGCCCACUCUCUCUGUGAGAGCCACGCUGUGCUGCAGGUGGGGAAGCAGCAACACCUGGAGGACAAACCUCUGCUGAUCUCCUCCCUCUCCGCUAACGAGACAGGCUCCCUGGGAGUAGGAGUUGUGGUAGCCAUCCUGGUUCAGCUUGAGGAGAAGAGAAUGGGCAUGCUUGCCUUCCCAGGUGAACGCCAAGGAGGAGGAGCAAAGGCAGCAGCAGCCCCUGUGCCUGUGGAGGCAGUGGUCUUUGCUUUGAAUCAGACUCUCUUGCAGCAGGAGAGCCUCCGAGCAGGCAGUUUCCAGAUCCCCUAUACGACAGAAGACCUUAUCAAGCAUUACAACUGUGGGGACCUCAGCUCCAUCAUCUUCAACCAUGACACUUCUCAAGUCCCAAAUUUCAUUAAUGCUACACUUCCAGCCCAUGAACGUAUUACUGCCCAAGAGAUAGACAGCUACUUCCGUCAGGAGCUCAUCUACAAGCGAAAUGAGCGAAUGGGCAGGAGGGUGAAGGACCUGCUGGACGAGUACCCAGACAAAAGUUUCUUCUUUGCAUUUGGAGCUGGUCACUUCAUGGGCAACAACACAGUGAUUGAUGUUUUGAGGAGAGAAGGGUACGAGGUAGAACACACCCCAGCUGGACAAGCCAUCAACAACAGAAAACCUCCCAAAACCUUGCUAGCCUUUUCAUCAUCAUCACCAGUACACAGCACCUAUGUCGUGUCCCAGGAGCUCCCACUGUCGUUGCACCUCCAGAAGGAGAAGGAGGAGGAAGAAGAGUUCCUGCCUCACCUGCUGCUCCCUGACAGCAUCGACAUGAUGGAGAAGGCAGACAGGAAGUACAAAAGGAAGAAGAAGAAGCAGCAGAAGAAGCAAAGACUGCGGCAGUUUAAUGACCUCUGGGUUCGCCUUGAAGAAAGUGCCACCGACCCUCCUCCACGGAUCCGCAUCAUUAAUGGCUACAUCACAGUCGAACCCCAGCCCCGGGGCCGUGGGCGGUCGAGUCAUGCUCAUGCAGACACCAGCAGUGCUCACCAGCUUUCCCAUUCUCUCUUCCUCCCACUACUGACUUUGACUUUAUAUAUGACGAGGCUGCAUUGA